GAGCAUUAACUACUAACUACUUUUCUUCGUUGUUCACUUGUUCCUUCAUUCAUAGUUUCUCUGUCUCCAAUGCAUCGAAAUCCAAGUACAAUUUCCUUCUUAAUUUCUCCCUACAACCACAUGAGGAACCCAUGGUUCUGCAUCUCUCUUCUCACCCUCUUUUUCUCUUUGCUCACCCACAAUUCCCUUGCAGCUCUCACGAACGUUUCUUCAAACCAAACUCUCACUGGGGAUCAAACUCUCCUCUCUAAAGGUGAAAUCUUUGAAUUGGGUUUCUUCAAGCCAGGUAACACCUCUAACUACUACAUAGGCAUAUGGUACAAAAAGGUCACCAUACAAACAAUAGUUUGGGUAGCAAAUAGGGACAACCCUGUCUCUGAUAAGAACACUGCCACGUUAACAAUUUCAGGUGGCAAUUUAGUUCUCUUAGAUGGAUCUUCAAAUCAAGUUUGGUCAACAAACAUAACUUCUCCCAGGUCAGAUUCUGUUGUAGUAGCUGUUCUCCGAGAUUCUGGGAAUCUUGUGUUAACAAAUAGGCCUAAUGAUGCUUCUGCUUCAGAUUCAGAUUCUCUGUGGCAGAGUUUUGAUCACCCAACCGACACGUGGCUUCCGGGCGGCAAAAUUAAACUCGACAACAAAACUAAAAAACCUCAGUACCUCACUUCAUGGAAGAACAACGAAGAUCCUGCCACGGGUCUUUUUUCUCUAGAACUAGACCCCAAAGGAAGCACCUCUUAUUUGAUCCUUUGGAACAAGUCUGAAGAGUAUUGGACAAGUGGUGCUUGGAAUGGACACAUUUUCAGCUUGGUUCCCGAGAUGAGGGCGAAUUAUAUCUACAAUUUCUCGUUUGUGACGAACGAGAACGAGAGCUAUUUCACAUACUCCAUGUAUAACUCGUCCAUCAUAUCGCGGUUCGUGAUGGAUGUCUCGGGGCAGGUCAAGCAAUUCACGUGGUUGGAAAAUGCUCAGCAGUGGAACUUGUUUUGGUCGCAGCCGAGACAACAGUGUGAGGUUUAUGCCUUUUGUGGCGCGUUUGGGAGCUGCACUGAAAAUUCAAUGCCGUAUUGUAACUGUUUACCUGGUUUUGAGCCGAAAUCACCGUCUGAUUGGAAUCUGGUUGAUUACUCAGGUGGGUGUGAAAGGAAAACCAAGUUGCAAUGCGAGAAUUUGAAUCCCUCUAACGGGGAUAAGGACGGGUUUGUAGCAAUUCCAAACAUUGCAUUACCUAAACAUGAACAAUCUGUGGGAUCAGGGAAUGCAGGGGAAUGUGAAUCAAUUUGCUUGAACAACUGCUCCUGCAAAGCUUAUGCAUUUGACAGUAACGGGUGUUCAAUUUGGUUUGACAACCUUCUGAAUUUACAACAGUUAUCUCAAGAUGAUAGUAGCGGACAAACUUUGUAUGUCAAACUUGCAGCAUCUGAGUUUCAUGAUGAUAAAAGCAAAAUUGGGAUGAUCAUUGGUGUGGUUGUGGGUGUGGUUGUUGGCAUUGGGAUUCUCUUGGCAAUUCUUUUGUUUUUUGUGAUUAGGCGAAGGAAGAGAAUGGUUGGAGCAAGAAAGCCUGUGGAGGGUUCGUUGGUGGCAUUUGGGUACAGAGAUUUGCAAAAUGCAACGAAGAAUUUCUCUGAGAAAUUGGGAGGAGGAGGGUUUGGUUCUGUUUUCAAAGGAACAUUGGGUGAUUCCAGUGGGGUGGCAGUGAAGAAAUUGGAAAGUAUUAGCCAAGGAGAGAAACAGUUCCGAACAGAAGUUAGCACAAUAGGGACAGUGCAACAUGUUAAUCUCGUUAGGCUCCGCGGAUUCUGCUCCGAAGGUGCCAAAAGGUUACUAGUUUAUGAUUACAUGCCAAAUGGCUCCUUGGAUUUCCAUUUGUUCCAUAACAAGAACUCUAAGGUGUUGGACUGGAAAAUGAGAUACCAAAUUGCGUUGGGAACUGCAAGGGGAUUGACUUAUCUUCACGAGAAGUGUAGAGAUUGUAUCAUACACUGUGAUGUGAAGCCAGAAAACAUUCUCCUAGAUGCUGAAUUUUGUCCCAAGGUUGCAGAUUUUGGCCUGGCUAAGCUUGUUGGAAGGGAUUUCAGCAGGGUCCUCACAACCAUGAGAGGAACAAGAGGCUAUCUUGCUCCAGAGUGGAUUUCUGGGGUGGCUAUCACAGCCAAAGCUGAUGUGUACAGCUAUGGAAUGAUGCUUUUUGAGUUUGUAUCAGGUAGGAGGAACUCUGAGCCAUCAGAAGAUGGCAAAGUUACCUUCUUCCCUUCCUUUGCAGCAAAUGUUGUUGUCCAAGGUGACAGUGUUGCUGGCCUGUUGGACCCUAGUUUGGAGGGUAAUGCUGAGAUCGAGGAAGUGACUAGAAUAAUAAAAGUUGCUUCAUGGUGUAUUCAAGACAAUGAGGCUCAACGGCCAAGCAUGGGUCAAGUGGUUCAAAUCCUUGAGGGGAUCUUGGAGGUGAAUUUGCCUCCAAUUCCAAGGUCCCUUCAAGUGUUUGUUGAUAACCAGGAGAGUUUAGUUUUCUACACUGAAUCAGACUCCACCCAAAGUUCCCAGGUGAAGAGCAACGUCUCAAAGACCUCCUCUUCUCAUGCCAUAAGUAACAUCUCUUCAGCAAGCUCCAAGUCCUUGGGAGGAGAAAAUUAGAGGGCAUGUUUAUGUCUUUUUUCUUAUUCGGUUUUUACCAAUGUAAUUGUAAUGUAUGGUGCAAAUCACUAGAUUUUAUUUUCCAUGUUAGUUUAUUUUUCAAUCAAUAUAUAAUUUGAUAUAGCUGUUACUGUAUUCAAUGAUAUGAUCAAGAUCUGGAGAGGUGUUUGGUGAGAUCAGACAAGAUGUUAUCUUGGUUAUCCAGAGGCCUCUCCAUCUCUGGAAUUUUCUAACAGGAGAAAGACACAAAGUAGAUAUGAGUGCGAAUUUUUUAAUUUUUCUCAUUAGAAAUUUCCGGUUCAAGAAAGGAGUAUGCUGUGAGGAGGGGAGUGGUUUGUGCUACCUAUUGUAUCAAAAUAUGAUAGGUUUGGUUUCUCUCUGGUAUUUUAUUAUCUUUUAUUCUGUACUGCCAUGCUAAAUGCCUAAAUUUAUGCACCCCAUUUUAUUUUGGUCUUCAA